AUGCACAGCUCACAACGUGUAUCGCUGAUUGUUGUGGGUGUUUUGGCGACAUUCCUUGGAAUGAUACUACUUCGUGGAUAUGUAUGUUCNUUCUCCAUUGGCUUUACGAUCGCGUCGUUUAUAUCGGUCAAGUAUGGAGUUGGUUUAGAGACCGACAAACUUCCGCCAGGUUACCAGCAAAAGGCAGUUCAGGCCAUAUACGCGAUACAGAUCUUCUACUACCUCAGUGUAUUUUGUGUUAAGACAAGUAUAAUGUGUCUUUACCUUCGCAUAUCUAAGGGUCUGCGGACGUGGUUUUGGAGAGCAAGUGUCGCUACCAUUGCUCUUCUGGUUGCUCAAUUCAUCUCCACCAUCCUUGUGACUGUUCUCCAAUGUCGUCCUGCACCCAAAUAUUGGCACCCGAGCUUGCCAGGGAUUUGCAUCAACAUCAAUGCCUUCUUCUAUUGUAAGCGAAAAUGCUUUCGAUCAGGGCUGAUAUCUGACAAGCAUACCAAACANGCAACAAACAUCUUCACAAUUGCCUCUGACAUACUGAUCUUCGCACUGCCGAUACCUCUACUCUGGUCGCUCAAGAAGACGUCAAAGCGGGACAGAUGGGCUGUACUUGGUGCAUUCUUGGUCGGCUUCGUCUCUACCAUUGUGUCUUGUGUGCGGCUGUAUUCCAUUAGAGUAUACACGCUGUCGAAAGAGCCAGUCAGAGAAGCAGCGCCGAUCAAUCUCUGGUCGUUCCUCGAGAUCAAUCUGGGGAUACUGUGUACUUCCGGUCCAGUUCUUAAAGCACUCGUUGCACCGUCCAUAAACAGCGUUCCAAGAGCUAGGAAGAUCAGGUUCUCUUCCGGCAGACUCUCAUUUGUCGAAUCUGGAGGCAAAAAACAAUCUACCAUCACCGAAACAGAG